GCUCCCGCCUCUGCCGGGGACUGAGCAGCUGGGACCCGCCGCCCCGCGCCCAGCUGAGUCCUGGGCGAAGGGCCGCUCGCCUCCAGUCCCCCUCGGACCAGCCUCUCCCAGGCUGCCGGGCGGGCAGGAUCCGGGGCUGUGGGACUACCAACGCUGGCUCCGGGAAGGCUGAGCACAGCUGGAGCCCGGCCGAGAGCUGCCGGAGCCUCUGGCCCAGGCCCUGACCGGUGUGGACAGCAGGGGUGGCUCUGGCCCUUGGUUGUUCCUCCGUCUCCCGCCGAGUCCAAUUUUGGGAUUUCUGCUCCAGGAGAAUUCUGCACACCCAUUAUGAGCCUCAAGGGCUGUGGACGGGGCCUGGUGCUUCCCCCUGCCUGGCUGUGACAGGAGCUGAGCUUUGAGAAUAGAGCGGCUGUCAACUGCCCCAGGGGUCCAAGAAUGGAGAGUGUGGCACGGAAGAGGCCCAAGGGCGCCCCGUGAGAACCCCCACACCACAAGAGUGGGGGCUGAGGAGCCUGGGUCAUGCCUCCACUGCUGCUGGAGCGGGACCGCCGGCAGCGGCGCGGGGUCUCCGUCCUGGUGCGGUAUUUCAUGAUCCCCUGUAACGUCUGCUUGAUCCUCCUGGCCACGGCCACGCUUGGCUUCGCGGUGCUACUCUUCCUCAACAACUACAAACCUGGGACCCACUUCACACCAGUGCCCCCAACACCUCCAGAUGCGUGCCGAGGAAUGCUGUGUGGCUUCGGCGCCGUCUGCGAGCCCAGCGCAGACGAGCCGGGCCGAGCCUCCUGCGUGUGCAAGAAGAGCGCCUGCCCCAGCGUGGUGGCACCCGUGUGCGGCUCGGAUGCCUCCACCUACAGCAACGAGUGUGAGCUGCAGCGGGCGCAGUGCAGCCAGCAGAGGCGCAUCCGCCUGCUGCGCCGCGGGCCCUGCGGGACCCGGGACCCCUGCUCCAAUGUCACCUGCAGCUUUGGCAGCACCUGUGUGCCCUCUGCGGAUGGACUGACAGCCACGUGCCUGUGCCCUGCCACGUGCCUGGGGGCCCCGAAAGGCCCUGUGUGCGGCAGUGACGGCAGUGACUACCUCAGCGAGUGCCAGCUCUUGCGCCAAGCCUGUGCCCACCAAGAGAACGUCUUCAAGAAGUUCGAUGGUCCUUGCGACCCCUGCCAGGGCUCCCUCAGUGACCUGAGCCGUACCUGCCGUGUGAACCCGCGCACGCGGCAGCCGGAGAUGCUCCUGCGACCAGAGAGCUGCCCUCCGCGUAGGACACCUGUGUGUGGGGACGAUGGGGUUACCUACGAUAAUGACUGCGUCAUGGGCCGAACAGGGGCUGCUCGAGGCCUCCUCCUCCAGAAAGUGCGCUCUGGCCAGUGCCAACCUCGAGACCAGUGCCUGGAGCCGUGCAGAUUCAAUGCUGUCUGCCUAUCCCGCCGAGGCCGCCCCCGCUGUUCCUGCGACCGCGUCGUCUGUGACGGGGCCUACAGACCCGUAUGUGCCCAUGAUGGGCACACGUAUGACAAUGACUGCUGGCGCCAGCAGGCCGAGUGUCAGCAGCAGCGUAGCAUCCCUGCGAAGCACCAGGGCCUGUGUGACCAGCCCCCAUCCCCAUGCCGCGGGGUGCAGUGUCCAUUUGGGGCGACAUGUGCUGUGAAGAAUGGGGAAGCUGAGUGUGCGUGUCGGCAGGCGUGUUCAGGCGUCUAUGACCCUGUGUGUGGCAGUGAUGGCAUCACAUAUGGCAGUGCGUGUGAACUGGAAGCUACAGCCUGUGCCCUUGGGCGGGAGAUCCGAGUGGCUCGCCGAGGACCCUGUGACCGCUGUGGGCAGUGCCGCUUUGGAGCCCUGUGUGAAGCUGAGACCGGGCGCUGUGUGUGCCCCUCUGAAUGCGUGGCCUCAGCCCAGCCUGUGUGUGGCUCUGAUGGGCACACGUAUGCCAGUGAAUGUGAACUACACGUCCAUGCCUGCACACACCAGAUCAGUCUGCAUGUGGCCUCGGCUGGUCCCUGCCAGACCUGUGGAGACACAGUGUGCGCCUUUGGGGCUGUGUGCUCGGCUGGGCGGUGUGUAUGUCCCCGGUGUGAGCGCCCUCCGCCUGGCCCCGUGUGUGGCAGCGAUGGCGUGACCUACGGCAGUUCAUGCGAGCUCCGGGAGGCUGCCUGUCAGCAGCAGACACAGAUCGAGGAGGCCCGGGCUGGGCCGUGUGAGCAGGCCGAGUGCGGCUCCGGAGGCUCAGGCUCAGGAGAGGACGGUGAGUGUGAGCCUGAGCUGUGCCGGCAGCGAGGUGGCAUCUGGGAUGAGGACUCGGAGGAUGGGCCGUGCGUCUGUGGCUUCAGCUGCCAGGGCGUGCUGAGGAGCCCGGUGUGCGGCUCGGAUGGAGUCACCUAUCACACGGAGUGUGAGCUGAGGAAGGCCAGGUGUGAAUCAUGGCCAGAGCUGCAUGUCGUGGCCCAGGGAGCCUGCCGUGGCCUCAGUUUGGCCCCGUUGCCACCUGCGAUUCCCCUGCACUGUGCUCAGACCCCCUACGGUUGCUGCCAGGACAACAUCACUGUUGCCAGGGGUGUGGGCCUGGCUGGCUGCCCCAGCUCAUGCCAGUGUAACCCCCACGGCUCCUACAGUGGCACCUGUGACCCAGUCACAGGCCAGUGCUCCUGCCGCCCGGGCGUGGGGGGCCUCAAGUGUGACCGCUGUGAACCUGGCUUCUGGAACUUCCGUGGUAUCGUCACUGAUGGCCGGAGCGGCUGUACCCCCUGCAGCUGUGACCCCCAGGGCGCUGUGCGGGACGACUGUGAGCAGAUGACUGGGCUCUGUUCCUGUAAGCCUGGGGUGGCCGGGCCUAAAUGUGGGCAGUGUCCAGAUGGCCGUGCCCUGGGCCCUGCUGGCUGUGAAACAGACUCUUCGCCACCCACGACCUGUGCUGAGAUGCUUUGUGAGUUUGGGGCAUCCUGUGUGGAGGAGGCUGGCUCUGCCCACUGCGUGUGCCCAACACCCACCUGUCCAGGGGCUGAUGCUACCAAGGUCUGCGGGUCAGAUGGAGUCACUUAUGGUAAUGAGUGCCAGCUGAGGACCAUUGCCUGCCGCCAGGGCUUGGAGAUCUCUAUCCAGAGCUUCGGCCCCUGUCAGGAAGGCAUCACUUCUGGUCCCCGUCUGACAUCCGCAUCUGUGGCCCCCUCAGCACUUGACCUGAACAAGGCACCAUUGCCGCCCCCCAGCGCCUUGCCCCUGGCUCCUAGCAGUACCCGCCACAGCCAGCCCCCUUCUCGAGCCUCAUCACAACCUUGGACCAUGGCCAGCAUCCCCAGGACCACUGCAAGGCCAGUGCUGACCAUGCCUCCCAUGGCCCCCUCCCCGGCAGCCAGCCUCGUCACCUCUGCCUUUGGUGAAUCUGGCAGCGCUGAUGGGAGCGGUGACGAGGAGCUGAGCGGUGACUUGGAGGCCAGUGGGGCUGGCUCAGGAGGACUUGAGUCCCCGGAAAGAGACAGUGCUGGGACCCCUGGGCCACCCAUGGAAAGGGCGUCCUGCUACAACUCGCCUAUGGGCUGCUGCUCAGAUGGCAAGACACCCUCCCUGGAUGCAGAGGGCUCUAACUGUCCUGCCACCAAGGCGUUCCAGGGUGUGCUGGAGCUUGAGGGGGUCGAGGGGCAAGAACUGUUCUACACGCCGGAGAUGGCGGACCCCAAGUCUGAGCUGUUUGGGGAGACUGCCAGGAGUAUUGAGAGCGCACUGGAUGACCUCUUCCGGAACUCGGACGUUAAGAAGGACUUCCGAAGUGUCCGCCUACGGGACUUGGGGCCAGGCAGCUCGGUCCGGGCCAUUGUGGAAGUACACUUUGACCCCACCACAGCCUUCAGGGCGUCCGACGUGGGCCGGGCCCUGCUCCGGCAGCUCCAGGUGUCCAGGCGCAGGUCCCUGGGCGUGAGGCGGCCUCUGCAGGAACACGUGCGGUUCAUGGACUUCGACUGGUUUCCUGCAUUCUUCACGGGAGCCACCCCGGCUGCAGCCACAGCCAGAGCCACCACGGUGGCCCGCCUGCCACCUUCAGCUGCAACCCCUCGGGCCCACUAUCCCAGUCACACAAGCCGGCCCGUCAGCAGGACCACACCUCCCCCAACCACGCGCCAGCCCCCCACCACUGCCCCUAGUCGUGUGCCUGGACGCCGUCCCCUGCCCCCAGGCACCCAGCAGCCCCGAAGGCCCUGUGACUCCCAGCCCUGCCUCCAUGGGGGGACCUGCCAGGACCAGGGCUCGGGCGCAGACUUCACUUGCAGCUGCCCAGCAGGCACGGGGGGUGCCGUCUGUGAGAAGGCCCUGCACCCCUCCGUGCCAGCCUUCGGGGGCCACUCCUUCCUGGCCUUCCCCACCCUCCGUGCCUACCACACCCUGCGCCUGGCGCUCGAGUUCCGGGCACUGGAGCCCCAGGGGCUGCUGCUCUACAACGGCAAUGCCCGGGGCAAGGACUUCCUGGGACUGGCGCUGCUGGGAGGCCGUGUGCAGUUCAGGUUCGACACAGGCUCAGGGCCCGCGGUGCUGACCAGCUCCGUGCCCGUGCAGCCCGGCCGGUGGCAUCGCCUGGAGCUGUCUCGGCACUGGCGCCAAGGCACUCUCUCUGUGGACGGUGAGACUCCUGUUCUGGGCCAGAGCCCCAGUGGCACUGACGGUCUCAACCUGGACACUGACCUUUUCGUGGGUGGCGUCCCUGAGGAUCAGGCUUCCACGGUGCUAGAGCGGACCUCUGUCAGCGUCGGUCUCAGGGGCUGUAUCCGCUUGCUGGACGUCAACAAUCAGCGGCUGGAGCUGAGCAGCUGGCCGGAGUCUGCGACUCGAAGCUCCAGAGUGGGCGAGUGUGGGGACCACCCCUGUCUGCCUAACCCCUGCUUCGGAGGGGCCCCGUGCCAGGCCCUGGAGGCGGGCAGGUUCCACUGUCAGUGCCCACCUGGCCACUUUGGCCCGACCUGUGCCGACGAGAAGGACCCUUGUCAGCCGAACCCCUGCCAUGGAGCAGCCCCCUGCCGCGUGUUGCCCCAGGGAGAGGCCAAGUGCGAGUGCCCCCAUGGCCGGGAGGGCAGCCUCUGCCAGACAGUCUCAGAGCCGGAGGACAACCAGCCCUUCCUGGCUGACUUCAGCAGCUUCUCCUACCUGGAACUGAAAGGCCUGCACACCUUUGAGCGGGACCUGGGGGAGAAGAUGGCGCUGGAGGUGGUAUUCCUGGCUCGGAGCCCCAGCGGCCUGCUCCUCUAUAAUGGACAGAAGACAGAUGGCAAGGGCGACUUUGUGUCCCUGGCACUGCACAAUGGCCUCCUGGAGUUCCGCUACGACCUGGGCAAGGGGGCAGCGGUCAUCAGGAGCAAGGAGCCGGUGGCCCUGGGUGCCUGGACCAGGGUCUCCCUGGAGCGAAAUGGACGCAAAGGAGCCAUGCGGGUUGGCGAUGGGCCCCGCGUGCUGGGGGAGUCCCCGGUGCCACACACCGUCCUCAACCUAAAGGAGCCGCUCUUUGUGGGAGGGGCCCCUGACUUCAGCAAGCUGGCCCGAGCAGCCGCCGUGUCCUCUGGCUUUGAUGGAGCCAUCCAGCUGGUCUCCCUGAACGGCCACCAACUGCUGAGCCGUGAGCACGUGGUGCGGGCCGUGGGCGUCUCGUCCUUUGUAGACCACCCUUGUACCCAGGCCGAGGGUCAGCCUUGCCUCCAUGGGGCUUCCUGUCUCCCCCGCGAGGCCUCCUAUGAGUGCCUGUGUCCUGCGGGCUUCUCGGGACUGCACUGUGAGAAGGGCUUGAUUGAGAAGUCAGCUGGGGACCUGGACGCAUUGGCCUUUGAUGGACGGACCUACAUUGAGUACCUCAACGCUGUGACCGAGAGUGAGAAGGCACUCCAGAGCAACCACUUUGAGCUGAGCCUGCGCACUGAGGCCACACAGGGGCUGGUGCUGUGGAGUGGCAAGGCCACAGAGCGGGCUGACUACAUCGCACUGGCCAUCGUGGACGGGCGCCUGCAGCUAGCUUACGACCUGGGCUCCCAGCCCGUGGUGCUGCGCUCCACCGUACCAGUCAACACCAACCGCUGGUUGCGGGUCAGGGCACACAGGAAACAGAGGGAAGGUUCCCUUCAGGUGGGCAACGAGGCCCCUGUGACUGGCUCCUCCCCGCUGGGCGCCACGCAGCUGGACACAGAUGGAGCCCUGUGGCUGGGUGGCCUGGAGAAGCUGCCCAUGGGUCAGGCCCUGCCCAAAGCCUAUGGCACAGGCUUCGUGGGCUGCCUGCGGGACGUGGUGGUGGGCCAGCGCCCGCUGCACCUGCUGGAGGACGCCAUCACCAAGCCAGAGCUUCGGCCCUGCCCCGCCCUGUGAACCACGCUGCAGCCGCUGCCCACCCUGUUGUAAUUAUUUUCUAUUUUUGUAAACUUGUUGCUUUUUUGAUAUGAUUUUCUUGCCUAUGUGACGGCCGGAGGGACUGCUGGCACGGCCUCCCUCCUAACCAGGCAGGCGAGCUGCAGAGACGGACUUGAUGCCGAGGGACUCUCAGGGUCAGGAGGGUAACUCGGCACAUGGAGGACUUGGCUCACUCAGCAGCCUUGGGAUGCGACCCUCUGCCUCAGGACACUGUGUCCUGGCCUCUCAGGCGGUGCCUGCACAGUGUCCACUUGUGCUGGCCCCUGUGUUCUCCAGCCUGUUGGCAGACCUUGCAUAUACACGUUGCCCACAUUCCCUCUGGUGAGGCCUGUCUCUCGCCAGCAAGGCGCUGUGGGGUUUGGAGGGGCCCUUCCUCUGUGUAGGCCUGGGGCCUUUCUGGAUUCCAGCUGAGCCGCCCCUCCUCCCUGCCCGUGCUGGGUAGGGCCAGCCUCACCAGGGCCUGCUGAACCUGGGCCUCAUGUGCCAAUCCUGUGAAAUAAUGUCAUUGUUGGGGCCAUGCUAGCCCCUCCCUACAGCUGUGCCCACCCAUCCCAGGGCACUGGAGAGCAGAGGCCAAGCCCAGGCCUGUUCAGGGCACCCUGGCCCAUGGCUGGCCCUGCCCAUCCACCCAGCCACCCUGGACGUGGCUGUGACCCCUUCCCACUGCCCAAGUCCCCGUGAGGAACCCUGAGAAGGAGCAGGGCCACUUGUGACAUGGUGGACUGCUUGAUUUUGGCCAGCAUCCCCUCUCAAGGAUGCAUGUCCAGGCAUGGCCACCAACCACAGAGUCUUUAUGUAUGGAUUUUAUUUGACACCUGGGGUGGUGGGGCUGUUGUCUUUCUUGUCCUGGCCCGAGGACAGCUGAGGACACCACAUAGAAAACCUUCUGUCUGAUUCUGGGGUGAGGAGUGGUUGUCCUUAUCCAAAAGUGACCAGGAGUAGACUGGGGGUCUUACCAAGGCCAAGGGGCAGGUGCAGGGGUGGCAGAGACGGCUGUGAAGCCAGAAAUGCCUUAAACUGCAAUGUUAGGUCUCAUCUGGUCCCGUCCCCCCAGCCGCCCACACCUCUCGUGGUGGGGGUGGCAACCCCAACCCUCCCACAGCCUCUCUCACAGCCAGGCCUGGGCUUGGUCAGGCUCAGAGGCUGGAGGGGCCUUAUAUGUUCUGUUACUAACUCCAACCUGUGUCUGUGUCAAUCACCGUGAAAUAAAGUCUGAACACUUUCAA